CCGGGCAGCGCGAGCCAGGCGGGAGCCGGGAGCAGCCCCGCUGCUGCUGCUGCCUGGAUGCCAGAGGCUCCCCGGGAGCCGGCGGCCAGAGACACCCCGGAAGAGCCGGAGGAGGAGGACGAGGCCCCCGGGCUGUGAGCGGAGCGGAGGAAGCAGGCACCGCUGGCCAUGGCCUCCAACUUUAACGAUAUCGUCAAGCAGGGCUAUGUGAAAAUCCGCAGCAGGAAGCUGGGGAUUUUCAGGAGAUGCUGGUUGGUUUUCAAGAAGGCUUCCAGUAAAGGACCCAGAAGGCUAGAAAAAUUUCCAGAUGAAAAAGCAGCAUAUUUCAGAAAUUUUCAUAAGGUAACUGAGCUUCACAACAUCAAAAACAUAACCAGACUGCCUAGAGAGACAAAGAAACAUGCAGUGGCAAUUAUUUUUCAUGAUGAGACAUCAAAGACAUUUGCCUGUGAGUCAGAACUGGAAGCAGAGGAGUGGUGCAAACAUCUUUGCAUAGAGUGUCUAGGAACCAGGCUCAAUGAUAUAAGCCUUGGGGAGCCAGAUUUGCUUGCUGCUGGAGUCCAGAGAGAGCAAAAUGAGCGAUUCAACGUAUAUCUUAUGCCUACACCAAAUUUAGAUAUCUAUGGGGAAUGUACAAUGCAGAUCACACAUGAAAACAUCUAUCUCUGGGAUAUCCAUAAUGCCAAGGUCAAGCUGGUCAUGUGGCCUCUGAGUUCUUUGCGGAGAUAUGGACGUGACUCAACAUGGUUCACAUUUGAGUCUGGAAGGAUGUGUGACACAGGUGAAGGACUGUUCACCUUUCAGACAAGGGAAGGAGAGAUGAUCUAUCAGAAAGUCCAUUCUGCAACACUGGCGAUAGCUGAGCAACAUGAAAGACUAAUGAUGGAGAUGGAGCAAAAGGCACGGCUCCAGACCAGUCUGAGUGAACCAAUGACAUUAUCCAAGUCAAUCUCACUUCCCCGCAGUGCAUAUUGGCAUCACAUCACCCGACAGAACAGCGUUGGAGAAAUCUACAGUUUACAAGGUCACAGUCUCAGUUCAGCAAAGGUGUCUCGUGCACAGACGUUUCCCAGCUACACCUCAGAGCCGGGCGAGGAGCACCAGCAGUCCCUGUCGCUGUCUAGCAGCUAUGGAUUCAGCUACAGUUCAACCAUCAUCCAAUGAUACACACACAACAGAUGAGCAGAGAUACAAUAGAGCCUGGAACCUGCCUGUAGGGCCAGGAAGCCACUUGCACCCUCAGAAUCCAUGAAAGACAAAUUAUAAUGAAAACUGAGGCCUACCAGCUCCAGUCUGGUCACAGUGAAGAUUAAAAACUGCAGUGCAACGUCCCUGAGGCACAGGCUAAGUCUUUUAUUUAUUUAUUUAAUUUUGAUUUUCUUUGGUCCAAAUGUAAAAACAACCAGACCAAUUUCCAGGUGUAAGAAAGCAGUUGAAUCCAAUGAAACCUCUGCUUCACUGGACACCACCUGUUCUGGGUGGAAACAUAAUGACACACUCAACUUUAGACUUGUCACCCAACACUAUGGUCAAGUUUGCCCAUCUCCAUUCCCACUGACAGCAACCACCUUUUUUAUAUCCAACUGAUUGCCCACUGGUUCCAGUUGGUACUGGAAAAGUGUUGUCCAUUAAACCAUACAGCGACUGUAGAUGUUAUCCUUAGAAAUAAGCAACGCUGCAAUUACAAAAAGGAGUGAACACCUUUUUAAUCAGGCUCCUAUAGCUGCCAUGUUUAACUCUACAUAUAUAUUAGGAGUGGCAAGAUAAU